CUGCAUGUCAACUAUAACUCGGCCAGACCUGAUGUAAAUGAUCGUCUGCAAUAGAGACACUACAGCCUUUUCCUGACCGUUCAAAAUACCUAGACAUCUGGCUGAAACAAACAACACAAUGGCUGCCUUUGUGACGUGAGAGAGCAUGGCAUCAAGUGAUGGAGUUGAGACCGGCUUUGAGCCACUGGACUGUCCAGAUUUUGUGCCCGAAGAAACUAAUAACCUCACACCACUGAGUCUGGCUUGUAAGCAGGGCAAUGUAGAAAUGGUGAAAAUGUUAGUGCAGGAGGGGUCUGAUAUAGGUGCUCCAGGAAAUGAUGGUAAGACUGCACUGCAUUACACUUGUGAAGGAGGUGACAGAAUAAUAGAUGGAAAUGACGAUGAAAAGACGGACGAUUUUCUAGAAAUUCUACAAUUUUUGCUUGACAGUGGUGCUAAUGUAGACUGGAAAGACAACAUGGGCCGGACACCUUUGUUCACAGCUUGCGAGGCAGAUGAUUUAGCAAUGGUAUCAUUAUUGGUACGACACAACUGUGAUGUUAACAUUCAGACCGUUGAUGGUGACUGUCCAAUCAGAGUUACAUGUCGUAAUGCUAAAUUCUGGACGCAUCGACCAGGCUCCAGCAAUCUUGGCCAAAGCCAUCCAAGUUAUUUCCCUCCGAUACAGAUCACAAAGGUAUUGCUGCAGGCCAAUGCUGAUAUUUCCAAAGCAACACUGUUGCCAACAGCUGUGCAAUACAAAGAUGCUGAGCUGAUACGAGAACUCUUAGAACUAGGCAUGGACAUCAACAUGCUGGAUGAUAAUCAAUGUACACCUCUUGGGGCUGCUUGCUCCUCUGUCAAUGUGCCCUGCAACAUUGUCAAGCUUCUUCUUGAGCACGGUGCUGAUGUCAACAAAGGAGGCGGGUGGAGGAAGCAAAAACCACUCAUCUUUGCCUAUGUUCACAAUUCUGUUGAAAAGAUACGGUUGCUUCUGUCGUACGGGGCCUCCCUCACACCAGAUGAAAUGACGGAACUGGUGUCGUUAAGUUUUUCCAAAUCCAUUCUUGAAAACCCGGAAGUGAUUGGUCCAUACAGCAAAGAGUUGAUGUCCUGGCGUCUUCUAUUGGCUGCUGGGUUUCAGCCUUCGAGUCAGAGUGCACAGCUGACAUACAAGAUGCAGCAGCUCAAUAUCUGCAGUAGUUACGAUAAGAUAUCGCCAUGGAUACAAAGUAUGCUUUAUCCAUUGUAUUCCUUGAAGGAGAUCUGCCGGAUCUCCAUCAGAAAUAACAUACCUGCCAGUAUUGAUGAUAAUAUCAGGGAAAUGACACUACCUAAAUCAUUGAAAGACUUCCUUUUAUUUACCGAAUUUGCAAACACAGAGACGCAGAUGAAGUAGCUUUAAAGGUGAAAGAUGUAAUUGAAGACAUGCAUAUUACUGCUGGAAUGUUAUAAUUUUAUAUAUGGCCAUUUUUUCUUUUUUGCAUCGAGAAAAUACACCCCAGCUCCUCAGAUGCUAUAUAUUGUCAUUAUGAAGGUAAUGUGGACAACAGCUAAAUAUGACAUCUUGUUAUGGUUACUUAAUGUAAUGAUCAGCAUUUGUUGCGUGUACCGGAUCACAAUGAAACAGUCACCUAAUCGAAGUGCUGACCACACUGGAAGCUAGUUAUUGGGUUAUACAGCUUAAAUGCCCAUAAACACCGACCUUCACAUAUAUGUUUCACAAAGACUGCUUUUGUAGUGACAGUAGAUAAUGUCUGAACACUGAUAGAUACCGGUGAUUAUAUUUUCAUUUCACAGAUUAUUUUUGAUUUUCUCAAGUCUAUUUGAUCAAGUUAUGAAGUUUUGUUUUGUAUGUUUUUAAUAUUUUUUGGAAUAGCUUCCUGAAAAUCAUAGUCAUUUAAAUGAUUGAUGGGAAACUAUUAACACUGAUAGUUUUUGUGUUCUAUUAUUUUCCCAAAGUGAUGAAAACAUUUUUCCAAUUUAUGCAGUCACAGUUUCCUGGAAAAUAAGAUUGAAAAUAACACUGUAUAAAUUAUAAAAACUAUAAUAUAUAUAUGUGAUAUCAGAUUCGAUCUGUAAGGUGUUUUUGGAAAGAAGGCCAAGACUGCACAUGUGGCAUCAACUAAAUUACAUGACAUGAUCGUCAUGUGAUGUAGGAGGUAUCCACAGUAUUAGUGCUACAAUCCGUUUAUCUAGGCACUGAUUUCAUCCACGUUCCUUAAAUUAUUCCAUAGGAAAGCGUUUAAUGGAUUUAAGGAAAUCUUUUGCAUGUAGUUAAGAAACAUUCCUUAAAUACGGUACGGUACGGUAACCCUUUUCUAUGGAAAUGUUGAAAUUAAGGAAUAUUGAUGAAAUUGGGGCCCGAUCACCCUAAAUGGUGUUGAACUAAUUGGAGAUCAUCAUCACUAUGCAACUUUUAUAUGAAUAUUGAAAAAAUCUUAGAAAUGUGUUCAACUCAUGCGAUCAUACAGUUUAUAUACCUGCAUACUUCCAGAACACUCUAGCUCACCGAGUCCUAAGAACCAAUGAGCUUAUAUGCCAUGGCAUAGCAUCUGUCCUCUCUGUCAACAUUACAUUAGUACUAGUACUAGUCAUAAACCUGAACCACUGAGCAGAUUUCAACCAAAUUUGAUAUGGGGUAUCCUUUCAAAUUGGUGAAGGAGAACCAGUUUUGUAUAAAAAUUGGGUCAGCCCCGCCUCCCCAAGGGGCAGGUUCAAACAUUGGAAAUGUGCAUCGAAUCCUGUCAAAAUUUGGUCUAAAUCAUCCUUGGGUGAGGGGGAAUCAAUUUUGCAUUAAAGGUGGGCCUGGCCCCCCAGGGGCCUCUAGUGGGGGGUGGGACAAGUAGGGGAAAUAUAGCAAAUCCUUCUUCUGUUGAAAGGUAGAGUUUCUUCAUAUUUACAGCCAUAUCCAGGUGAGCGAUAAAGGCACUGUGGGCAUCUUGUUUUUUUCAUAUCAUCUGAAGGAAAAAACUUUUUUCACUUAUAUUCAAAAGCUACAAGCUUUAUUUGCAAUAUUGAUUAUAAAUCAAAUGAUUUUAGUUUGUUAUUCUAAGAAUAAUUUGCAGAUUUAUGAUAAUAUACCUAGUAUAGUGUAUUUAACUGAAUGUGUUGUAUUUGUGUGUAAAUGUCUUUCCAAAAGAUGGUGAUUUAUGUUAUAAUAGUGUUGUGUGCCGUACACAAUAGAGUGAAUUGUAAUCAGUUUAUGCAACGUAUAAUUUGAAAGAACACCUGUGAAGUUUCUUUCCUUUUAUCAUUUAUGUUUUGCAUUGUUUUGUGAUACAUCAAAUCUGCCUGUGUCAAUAAGGCCAAGUUGAAGUAAUUGACAUUCGUUAGGAUUAGGAGCUUAUAUCAGGAUUUCACAUAUGAUAAGAUUUAUUAUUAUGUUGCUAUCUAGAUUCUUGUUGAAACUUUACAUACAGAUGUUAUUAUUUGUACUGUAGUUAGGUCAUUGCAACUUUCAACUGAAGGUCACUGUUACUAUGAAUAUAUCUAUUACAAAAGAUUUUGAUUAUUUAUUAUUUGUCAUAAGUGAUUUUUUGUGAUCAUUCUUUGUCAUGAAAUUGAAGCUAAGUUAAGUCUACAAGUCAAUGAUCACAGUAAAAUUAUGAAUCUAUCUACUGGUAAAUAUUGCUUGAAUUAAAAAAGGGCUCAUGCCCAUGUCUAUGAUUCAAGGUUAUGGAUAAAAUACAUAUAAAAUGUAGGUCAUGUCAACUGCAAGGUUAAUAUUAUUUUGCAAUGAACAGUAAAUGUGACAAGGGAAGACAAUCUCUAGUUUACAUUGUACAUGUUAUAUAUUAGUGUUAUAUGGCCCUUGUUUUCAAAUUUAUGUUUUUUCAUACAUUCACCGAAUCUGCUGCAUUAAAGAUAUUCACAAAUUUAGUGUUGUGCUUGUAAGUCAAGCCUCAUUCCCCAUUUAAACAGAGUUAUGGCCCUUUAUGUAUAACUUUUUUUUUUUUUUUUUUUUUUUAAUGAAUUGCGAUCAUUGUUGAAGGUUUUUUUUUUUUUUUUUUUUUAAUGAAUUGCGAUCAUUGUUGAAGGGAGGUAAUAUGAUGAACCCACCAAAGAUGUUUUUACACAGGGAUGAGUUGAGUAUUAUUUAUUUAUUUCCCAGGUGAAUUAAUUAAGAGUUCAGUAUGAAUAUAACUAAUGUUUUGAAGUCAUGUGCAAAAUUGAGUUUUUUAUUGUGAGACUUCAAUAUUCAAUAUUUUCAUAAUUACCUCUCAUUUAUCAGUUAUUGAGUGAAUUUUGGAUGGCCAUAUUUUCCCACCCCAUAUUAUAUAUACAUUGUAUACAUAUAAUUACAGUGUACUUUUUUUAUGCCUAAGACAGAGAAAAAACAAAAUAUGUUUUUGCAAUGAAAUUGCAAUUUUGAGAAAUGAACCAACUUCAGUUGGAAUGUGCAAAUUGCCAAUAAUUCUGCAUGUGCCAUAAAGAUUUAUGACUAUAUUGAGUACUAGAACGUUUACUUUCUAACACUGACUGUGAUCUUGUCUUGGUAAAUGUUGCCUAUGUGCAGAUCAUGGGAAUGUUUAUAGCUGUGUUUUGUACACGGAGAAUUAUCAGUAUAAUGUAAUAAUUUUAGCACAUUCAAAUUUUGUCAUGAUUUAGCUCAAUACUUCCGAAAGCUAUAAGCACUCAAAUAAGAUUACUGCUAAAAUUAAAAUAUGUACAAGCUUGUACUAUUACUCUGUGUAUGCCAUGAUCUUUCCAUCAUGUUUUGCAAUUACAUGUAUAUAAAUUGUGUAUGGUUUUUGUGAUACUUGUACAUGUAGUCCAGUCUAUUCAGAACAGCUGUCAUGGUUCUCAUAGUUCCUAAUGCAGCAUUGAUACUGAGUUUAGUACGUCUAUGUCAAUUUUUUCACCGAUGUGAAAGAGUGUGUGGCUCAACUCUGAUUGAUACACAGGUGUGAAAGAGUGUCUGACUCAACUCUGAUUGAUACACCGGUGUGAGAGAGUGUGUGGCUUGACUCUUGAUUGAUACAUCAGUGUGAAAGAGUGUGUGGCUGCAUUCCGAUUGAUACACCGGUGUGAAAGAGUGUGUGGCUCCACUCUGAUUGAUACACCGGUGUGAAAGAGUGUGUGGCUCAACUCUGAUUGAUACACCGGUGUGAAAGAGUGUGUGGCUCAACUCCGAUUGAUGCACCGGUGUGAAAGAGUGUGUGGCUCAACUCUGAUUGAUACACCGGUCUGAAAGAGUGUGUGGCUCAACUCCGAUUGAUACACAGGUGUGAAAGAGUGUGUGACUCAACUCUGAUUGAUACACCGGUGUGAAAGAGUGUGUGGCUCAACUCCGAUUGAUGCACCGGUGUGAAAGAGUGUGUGGCUCAACUCUGAUUGAUACACCGGUCUGAAAGAGUGUGUGGCUUGACUCUGAUUGAUACAACGGUGUGAAAGAGUGUGUGGCUCAACUCUGAUUGAUACACCGGAGUGAAAGAGUGUGUGGCUCCACUCUGAUUGAUACAACAGUGUGAAAGAGUGUGUGGCUGCACUCCGAUUGAUACACCGGUGUGAAAGAGUGUGUGGCUCAACUCUGAUUGAUACACCGGUGUGAAAGAGUGUGUGGCUCAACUCUGAUUGAUACACAGGUGUAUAUUACAGAUUUGGGCUUGGUGACUAGCUUAGUUACUUAGAAUAUCUGUUUUGAGGUCUUUACCAAGUGUUUGCCAAUUCCAUUGGUUUGUAAUCCCUCUAUGCAACAUCCUGACUGAACAUUAGGUUUUAGGUCCAUUACUACAAUGCUAAGACUUCAGGGUGUCAUGAUGGUUCUAUCUGUAGAGAAGUGCAGAUCUGAGGUAAGUGUUUGAUCCCUACCUGGAGGAGUUUGAUUUCUUUGGAAGCUGAGAUCACAGAGCAAUGUCCUGUGUUUCUAUGUUUGUUCAUUGGCAGACAUUUUCCCCUGGUAUCUUUCAUAACAUGCAGUGAGUGUCUCGUAUUUUCAGUGAGGAAGCCACAAUCUACAAGCAGAUACUAACUCCUGGUGUGUCACUGUGUCGGAAACAGUCAAGCCACACACUCUUUGUGUUCGGAUCAGUCAAGCCACACACUCUCUUUUGUCUGUAACAGUCGAGUCACACACUCGUUGUGUCUGGAACAGUCGAGCUAUACACUCUGUGUGUCAGAAACAGUCGAGCCAAACACUCCUUGUGUCUGGAACAGUCGAGCCACACAAUCUUUGUGUCUAUAACAGUCGAGCCACACAAUCUUUGUGUCUAUAACAGUCGAGCCACACAAUCUUUGUGUCUAUAACAGUCGAGCCACACACUGUUUGUGUCUAUAACAGUGGAGCCACACACUCUUUGUGUCUAUAACAGUUGAACCACACACUCUUUGUGUCUAUAACAGUCGAGCCACACACUCUGUGUCUAUAACAGUUGAGCCACACACUCUUUGUGUCUAUAACAGUUGAGCCACACACUCUUUGUGUCUAUAACAGUCGAGCCACACACUCUGUGUCUAUAACAGUUGAGCCACACAAUCUUUGUGUCUAUAACAGUCGAGCCACACACUCUUUGUGUCUGGAACAGUCGAGCCACACACUCUUUGUGUCUAUAACAGUCGAGCCACACAAUCUUUGUGUCUAUAACAGUCGAGCCACACAAUCUUUGUGUCUAUAACAGUCGAGCCACACACUGUUUGUGUCUAUAACAGUGGAGCCACACACUCUUUGUGUCUAUAACAGUCGAGCCAUACACUCUUUGUGUCUAUAACAGUCGAACCACACACUCUUUGUGUCUAUAACAGUCGAGCCACACACUGUUUGUGUCUAUAACAGUGGAGCCACACACUCUUUGUGUCUAUAACAGUCGAGCCAUACACUCUUUGUGUCUAUAAUAGUCGAACCACACACUCUUUGUGUCUAUAACAGUCGAGCCACACAAUCUUUGUGUCUAUAACAGUCGAGCCACACACUCUUUGUGUCUGGAACAGUCAAGCUAUACACUCCUUGUGUCUGGAACAGUCGAGCCACACAAUCUUUUGUGUCUAUAACACUCGAGCCACACAAUCUUUGUGUCUAUAACAGUUGAGCCACACAAUCUUUGUGUCUAUAACAGUCGAGCCACACACACUUUGUGUCUGGAACAGUCGAGCCACACACUCCUUGUGUCUGGAACAGUCGAGCCACACAAUCUUUGUGUCUAUAACAGUCGAGCCACACACUCUUUGUGUCUAUAACAGUCGAUCCACACACUCUUUGUGUCUAUAACAGUCGAGCCACACACUCUUUGUGUCUGGAACAGUCGAUCCACACACUCUUUGUGUCUAUAACAGUCGAUCCACACACUCUUUGUGUCUAUAACAGUCUAGCCACACACUCUUUGUGUCUAUAACAGUCGAGCCACACACUCUUUGUGUCUAUAACAGUCGAGCCACACAUACUUUGUGUCUAUAACAGUCGAGCCACACACUCUUUGUGUCUAUAAUAGUCGAGCCAUACACUCUUUGUGUCUGGAACAGUCGAGCCACACACUCUUUGUGUCUAUAACAGUCGAGCCACACAAUCUUUGUGUCUAUAACAGUCGAGCCACACAAUCUUUGUGUCUGGAACAGUCGAGCCACACACUUUUUGUGUCUAUAACAGUCGAUCCACACACUCUCUGUGUCUAUAACAGUCGAGCCACACACUUUGUGUCUAUAACAGUCGAGCCACACACUCUUUGUGUCUGGAAAAGUUGAGCCACACACUCUCUGUGUCUAUAACAGUCGAGCCACACACUUUUUGUGUCUAUAACAGUCGAGCCACACAAUCUUUGUGUCUGGAACAGUCGAGCCACACACUUUGUGUCUAUAACAGUCGAGCCACACACUCUUUGUGUCUGGAACAGUUGAGCCACACACUCUUUGUGUCUAUAACAGUCGAGCCACACACUCUUUGUGUCUAUAACAGUCGAGCCACACACUCUUUGUGUCUAUAACAGUUGAGCCACACAAUCUUUGUGUCUAUAACAGUCGAGCCACACACUCUCUGUGUCUAUAACAGUCGAGCCACACACUCUCUGUGUCUAUAACAGUCGAGCCACACACUCUUUGUGUCUAUAACAGUCGAGCCACACACUCUCUGUGUCUAUAACAGUCGAGCCACACACUCUUUGUGUCUAUAACAGUCGAGCCACACACUCUUUGUGUCUAUAACAGUCGAGCCACACACUCUUUGUGUCUAUAACAGUCGAGCCACACACUCUUUGUGUCUAUAACAGUCGAGCCACACACUCUUUGUGUCUAUAACAGUCGAGUCACACAAUCUUUGUGUCUAUAACAGUCGAGCCACACACUCUUUGUGUCUAUAACAGUCGAGCCACACACUCUUUGUGUCUAUAACAGUCGAGUCACACAAUCUUUGUGUCUAUAACAGUCGAGCCACACACUCUUUGUGUCUAUAACAGUCGAGCCACACAAUCUUUGUGUCUAUAACAGUCGAGCCACACACUCUUUGUGUCUAUAACAGUCGAGUCAAACACACUUUGUGUCUAUAACAGUCGAGCCACACACACUUUGUGUCUAUAACAGUCGAGCCACACACACUUUGUGUCUAUAACAGUCGAGCCACACACUCUUUGUGUCUGGAACAGUCGAGCCACACACUCUUUGUGUCUGGAACAGUCGAGCCACACAAUCUUUGUGUCUAUAACAGUCGAGCCACACACUGUUUGUGUCUAUAACAAUCGAGCCACACACUCUUUGUGUCUAUAACAGUCGAGCCACACAAUCUUUGUGUCUAUAAUAGUCGAGCCACACACACUCUGUGUCUAUAACAGUCGAGCCACACACACUUUCUUUGUGUCAUCUUUUGUGUUUGGUUACUGCCUAUUUGAUUCUACCCUAUAUAAAAAUUGUACCUGUCUUAUAAAAAAAAUCUGAUAUUACCUCAAUGAAUACAAAGAUUACAUUUAGAUUUUUUUUUAAAUGUUAAUUUGAAUUAUUGAAUAAAAUUCUACAAAAUUUAA